AUGGACCAGGCUGCUGCAAAGGCCGUGGCAAAGACCCUGGAACAAGGUGAGGAGGAAGCCGAGAUGAUCCUGGCCAAGGCCUUUGGCUGGACGGGCUGGUUUCAGCUGAACAGGCCCAGCUACCUACAGCCCAAGCUGCCUCCGGCUCCGGAGAAGAUUGAGGCGUCGUUAGCCUGGCUAAUCCAGGGUCCUCUGCACAUGAAUUCAGAGCAGUUGAGAAGAGCUUUGACGACCAAACCGCAGGUCUAUUUGGAGAAUCCGCAGGGCUCUUAUGAAAAGGCCUUGCAGGUGGCUCCUGAGCAAUGGCGUACGCCUGAAAGCUUCAGGGCCCUACUGCUGAAGAACCCGAAGGUUCUCGACUUGACCCACAACUGUUUGCUCACAGACCCAGCAGAACGGGUCAUCAACGAAGAUGGCGAGGCUGUCCAUUGCGACGGUCGAUGUACCAAUUGCUGGCGUGUGGCAACGCCCAAGCUGCUGGGACAGGCCAGCGGCCACGAGUUGGGACAUGGCCAGGAGGUUCAGCAGGGAGCCGUUGACAUGGUGGAUCUCCAGGUCCUGUCUCGUUUCCUGAGAGACGUCCUGCGACACCACUCCAAGGCCUGGGACACGGCUGUGGCCAACGCCGGGGAGAUGCUGCCGUGGCAACAGUUUCCGGAGAUUCAGAAGGAGAGACAGAGUUCGGCUGGUGAAAUUGACCCACCAUGGAAUGAAGACUUGCUCUUUUGGCUCUUUUGGCUCUUUUGGGAUGAGAGUUCUUUCGAGAUUCAAGACUUGAAGCAGUUGGCCUUCGAUAGCUGUGCUGCGAGCCUUGGUUCAGCACCGUUCGGAGAACGCCCAUCAGCCAAUUCUACAGAGCUCACCCAAGCUGAAGCCGCACUGCAGGCUGUUUCUGAAAAGCAAGUUGAAUUGGAGGAGGCCGUAGCUCGAACUACGCGACUUGAACACAAAAAGCUGCUUAGCGAAAAGAGGUGCAAGGAACUUCAACAGCAAGUUCGAGAGGGGGAAAAAGAGAAGCAGCAGAUGUUGGAAGACCUGAAGUACCAAAUGCAACUGGAGGCGCAGCAGUCUACAGCGUCUUUGCAAGAAUUCGCUCGUGCAGAAACUGCUCGCAGGUUCGGCAAAACGAAGAGCCCGCAAAGCUGA